GUACAUAGUAGUAUUGCGCUAGUAACCUGGCACUGCCUGGACGAAAGCCUGGACGAAACCUUGAAUCGCAACGGUGAUCAUUUUGAAUUCAAUUUGAUUCAUCAAUCUCCUUCUUUCUUCAAUUUUUGAACCCCACAACAGUCAGGGUCCACCUCACUUUGGAAUCAUUUACAUAAGCCCCAUUGUGCCACUGAGUUGCUAAGUUGCUACCAAGAACAUACAAGGUGGCAGGGUGGUCAAUAAUUUGACCAAUAAUUUAAAGGACUACACUUUCCACCUUCAACGUUGAACACCAACCCGUUGAACACCAACCAUUUGACCUUCUUUUGUCUCGCUCUCCCCCUUCUCGAUUACAUAUACAGGCAAAACCAUAAACAUACCUAGGAUCCCUAUCAACACAUCCGCUCAAGCGAAAAUGCCUCCCGAUGACCUCCUCACCGAUGAACGAGCUGCCGAGCUUCUAGUUGAAGAAGCAAAAGAUUAUUCGCUUAGAUAUUCCGCCAUGGGUCUCGACGCUAUCAAGCCUGCCAGGCGCCCUGCGAAUCAGCCUAAGCCUAAUACCCGAUUUCUCAACAACAUCAUUCGUGAUACCAACAGUCACAAUCGUGCUCUAUUAGCCAAAGAAAGCGCUGAAUCACGAGCGAAACUACGUGAACUCGAGGUCGCUGAGAAGGCAAAGCAAAGGGAAGAGGAGCACAGACAACGAAAGACUAGACCUGGCCCUGGUGAUACGCGAAAGCGUAUGCUUGGAGAUAUUGCUGCCAUACUGGGUGGAUCAUCCAAGAGGCGUAAGACCGAGAACACCGAUACGUCUACUGGCAAUGCUCCCACAUCGUCGGAACGUGCCUCGGAAGGAAGCUCCCAUCGAUCACAUAAGAAUCCUUCAACGAACGGCGACUCUCACGCUAAGAAGGAGAAGAGCCGAAGGGAUCGUAUAGCGGAACGUAUGGAGGUACCACGUCGUUCUCACCGCCGGGAAGAAGAACGCGAAACAGUGGAAGCGACUUCGUCUAGUUCUCGAAAGCGCAAGCACCGGGAACGUUCACCUCGACGCGAUAGUCACCGACCAUCGAAAGACGCAAAGCGUGCUAAAGAUCAGUCUUCCCAAUCUGAAAGUUCAUCUGAUUCAGAUCCCUUGGAUGAAAUUAUUGGGCCUGCACCAGCAACAAGCAGCAGUGUUCGUCGACGAGGACGUGGAGCUAAUGCCGCCAAGUCUGGGAUAGAUGAGCGAUUUGCACCUGACUACGACCCGAGAAAAGAUGUGACGCCUGAGCCGGAUGACAAGGACGACUGGACUCUUGCGGCAGAAGCAUUCCGCGAUCGCCAGAAGUGGAAGAAGCAAGGGGCUGAUAGAUUGCGUUCUGCGGGAUUCACCGAGGAGCAGAUCAAGAAGUGGGAGAAGGGUGACGAGAAAGACGAAGCCGACGUCCAAUGGACCAAAGCCGGUGGCUUGAGAGAAUGGGAUCGCGGCAAGGUGGUCAAUAAAGAUGGCACUGUGAGCCUUGCUAAAGAUGCCAAAAAGUAAAGACGAUUCAUGAGGCACGUUAUAGUCGAUGCAGUUGUGGAUACAUACCUACAGGUGUUUUUUUUUCUUUGGCUUUAUCAGUUGCAUAGCAUAGCAUGGCACAGCAAAGCAUGGCAUGGUAUGGUGUUGGUGGCAAUUUUGCAACGAAACAGUAAACGCACUUCACGCGAUGGGAUACGCUAGGUAGUACGUUGAAUUGUCGGCUCCUAGAAACUUGAAAGUGCAUACCUAGUACCUUUAUAUUGAACUUUGAUAGUGCCACUACUUACAUACUAUGUACCGGGUAUGUACUACCUAGGUUAGUGGUUUCAAUGUUUCUUACACGCGAAAGUUGGGGGGACCUUUCGAUACUUCAAAUCUAACUGUGUUUAUGAUGAUGCAUACAUGAGAAACAAUAGCCGUGUCAGUCAGUCAGAGGCAAGGUGCCAUUUGCUAAAAGUAGUGGCAUUUGGCAUUUUGCGGUUGGGGUGGUGGGAU